GGGGAGGGGAAAAAAGAAAGGGGAGGGGAGGGAGAAAGGAGGUGGGAAGGCAAGGAGGCCGGCCCGGUGGGGGCGGAACCCGACUAGCAAACUGUUGCAUUUGCUCUCCACCUCCCAGCGCCCCUUCCGAGAUCCGAGGGAGCCAGCGUGCCCGGAGAGCUGGAGGGUCCCGAGCUAGCCGGGAGGCAGAAGAGGCAGAAGAGGAAAGAGACCGAGCUAGCAGCUCCAGUGUGGGACAGGAGCUGAAGGGACAUACCGCGUCAACCCCAGCUGGGCUCCGGCGACCGCCAAGGCUUUUUGCAGCGCGGCGGCUAACGCCGCCGCCUCAGACCUGCCCUUUACUCUUCGGUGAAGUUUUUAAAAGCAGCUAGAGACUCGGAGGAAGCAAGGAAAGUGCCGGGUAGGACUGACAGUUGCCUUUGUCCUCCACCACUCCACCCCGCCCCACCCCCUCCUGGGUCUCCUCUCCUGUUGCCGCUUGGCCCGCUCCUCUCUUCCCGUCCCCCUAACCCCCCCCCCCCACCUCCAGUUGGCCCUGCGUGGCCAGCCCGAAUUUGCAGAGAGGUAACUCCCUUUGGCUUCGAGCAGGCAAGCUAGCUGCACGUUACAAAGACGGCUCUGGGGAGCCAGGCGACUGGUGAACCGCUUCAGCAAAGCACUGCAGCUGGGACCUGGCUAGUUAGGCUGUACACGGGGCGGGCCUCCAGGUUCCCUUCAUUCCCUUUCCAGCUCCUUCUGCACGCAGCAGCCACCCCCACCCCCUCCAGUUUGCAGGGCCUGAGACCAAACAAUGAAAGGGCAGUCAGGGCUUCAGUAGACCAUUAAAAAGAAAAAGAAAAAUCCCAAACAAAACAAACCUCCAAACCCAAAAUAAAACAAAAAGAAAAUAACCCGGUUCUUAAUUGCACCUGCUUCAGUGGAUACUGAAUUUGGAAGGCAGAGGGUUUUCCUUGUUUUUGUUUUUGUUUUGUUUCCUUCAAGAGUUGGGCAUCUUUUGAAUCUACCGUCCCAAGAUUUCAGUAACAGACUGUGAGACUAGCAGGGCAGAUCGUGUACAACGCGUGUUUUCCUGUGCAGGAGAUUUUGAGGCUGUCAGAGUGCUUUUGCGUGGUUAUUCCUGCAAGUUUCCUUCCCAAGAGCUUCCCGCAGGUGGGCAGCUAACUGCAGCGACUACCGCAUCGCAGCUUGUUGAACUUCUCAGCUGGACAAGGGGAAACAGGAUAAAGGAAUUAGGUGGAAGAGUCAGGCAAGCUCAAGGAUGGAGGUGCAGUUAGGGUUAGGGAGGGUCUACCCCAGGCCACCGUCCAAAACCUAUCGAGGAGCUUUCCAGAACCUAUUCCAGAGCGUGCGCGAAGUGAUCCAGAACCCGGGCCCCAGGCACCCUGAGGCCACGAGCGCCGCACCUCCUGGCGCCCGUUUGCAACAGCAGCAGCAACAACAGCAGCAGGAGCAGACCAGUCCUCAGCAGCAGCAGCAGCAGCAGCAGUCUGAGGAUGGCUCUCCCCAAGCCCAGAGCAGAGGCCCUACAGGCUACCUGGCCCUGGACGAGGAACAGCAGCCUUCACAACCGCAGUCUGCCCCCAAGGGUCAUCUGGAGAGAGGCUGCGUUCCAGACCCUGGAGCUGCUUCAGCCACCGGCAAGGGGCUGCAGCGGCAGCAACCAGCACCACCGGACGAGGAUGACUCAGCUGCCCCAUCCACGUUGUCCCUGCUGGGCCCCAGUUUCCCGUGCUUAAGUAGCUGUUCCGCCGAUCUUAAAGACAUCCUGAGCGAGGCCGGCACCAUGCAACUCCUUCAGCAGCAGCAGCAGCAGCAGCAGCAGCAGCAGCAGCAGCAGCAGCAGCAGCAGCAGGAGGUGGUAUCCGAAGGCGGCAGCAGCGGGAGAACAAGGGAGGCCACUGGUGCUCCCACCUCCUCCAAGGACAGUUACCUAGGGGGCAGUUCAACCAUCUCGGACAGCGCCAAGGAGUUGUGUAAGGCAGUGUCAGUGUCAAUGGGCUUGGGUGUGGAGGCACUGGAACAUCUGAGUCCUGGGGAGCAGCUUCGGGGGGAUUGCAUGUACGCUCCGCUCCUGGGAGUUCCACCCGCUGUGCGUCCUUGCGCCCCACUGGCCGAAUGCAAAGGUUCUGUGCUGAAUGAUGGCCCUGGUAAGGGCACCCAAGAAACUGCUGAGUAUUCCCCUUUCAAGUCAGGUUAUGCCAAAGGGUUGGACGGCGACAGCCUGGGUUGUUCUGGCAGCAGUGAAGCAGGGGGCUCCGGAACACUUGAGAUGCCCUCCACCCUGUCUGUCUACAAGUCUGGAGCACUAGAUGAAGCGGCAGCUUAUCAGAGUCGCGACUACUACAACUUUCAGCUCGCCCUGGCUGGGCCGCCUCCCCCUCUUCCCCCUCCCCAUCCUCAUGCCCGCAUCAAGCUGGAAAACCCGCUGGACUAUGGGAGCGCCUGGGCGGCAGCAGCGGCACAAUGCCGCUACGGGGACCUGGCUAGCCUGCAUGGCGGGGGUGCAGUGGGACCCAGCUCAGGCUCACCCUCAGCCACCGCCUCUUCUUCCUGGCAUACUCUAUUCACAGCAGAAGAAGGCCAGCUGUAUGGGCCCUGGGGCGGGAGUGGAGGCGGCAGCACUGGCGAGUCUGUGACCCCCUAUGGCUACACUCGGCCACCACAGGGGUUGACGGGCCAAGAAGGUGACUUCCCUCCACCUGAUAUGUGGUAUCCUGGUGGUGUGAUGAGCAGAGUGCCCUAUCCAAGUCCCAGUUGUGUCAAAAACGAGAUGGGCCCCUGGAUGGAGAGCUACUCCGGACCCUAUGGGGACAUGCGUUUGGAGACUUCCAGGGACCAUGUCUUACCCAUUGACUAUUACUUUCCGCCCCAGAAGACCUGCCUGAUCUGCGGUGAUGAAGCUUCUGGCUGUCACUAUGGAGCUCUCACUUGUGGAAGCUGCAAAGUGUUCUUUAAAAGAGCCGCUGAAGGGAAACAGAAGUACCUGUGUGCCAGCAGAAAUGAUUGCACCAUCGAUAAAUUCCGAAGGAAAAAUUGUCCAUCUUGUCGCCUACGGAAAUGCUAUGAGGCAGGAAUGACUCUAGGAGCCCGGAAGCUGAAGAAACUUGGUAAUCUGAAACUACAGGAGGAAGGGGAGGCUUCCAAUGCCACCAGCCCCACUGAGGAGCCAACCCAGAAGCUGACAGUGUCACACAUUGAAGGCUAUGAGUGUCAGCCCAUCUUUCUGAAUGUCCUGGAAGCCAUUGAGCCAGGCGUGGUAUGUGCUGGACACGACAACAACCAGCCCGACUCCUUUGCAGCCUUGCUCUCUAGCCUUAAUGAAUUGGGCGAAAGACAACUUGUACAUGUGGUCAAGUGGGCCAAGGCCUUGCCUGGCUUCCGCAACUUGCACGUGGAUGACCAGAUGGCAGUCAUUCAGUACUCCUGGAUGGGGCUUAUGGUGUUUGCCAUGGGCUGGCGGUCCUUCACCAAUGUCAACUCCAGGAUGCUCUACUUUGCCCCUGACCUGGUUUUCAAUGAGUACCGCAUGCACAAGUCCCGGAUGUACAGCCAGUGUGUACGAAUGAAGCACCUCUCUCAAGAAUUUGGAUGGCUCCAAAUCACCCCCCAGGAAUUUUUGUGCAUGAAGGCACUGCUGCUAUUCAGCAUUAUUCCAGUGGAUGGGCUGAAAAAUCAAAAAUUCUUUGAUGAACUUCGAAUGAAUUACAUCAAGGAACUUGAUCGUAUCAUUGCUUGCAAGAGAAAAAAUCCCACAUCCUGCUCAAGACGCUUCUACCAGCUCACCAAGCUCCUGGACUCUGUGCAACCUAUUGCACGAGAGCUGCAUCAGUUCACUUUUGACCUGCUAAUCAAGUCCCACAUGGUAAGCGUGGACUUUCCAGAAAUGAUGGCAGAAAUCAUCUCUGUGCAAGUGCCCAAGAUUCUUUCUGGGAAAGUCAAGCCCAUCUAUUUCCACACACAGUGAAGCUUUGGAGACCCCCAUUUUCUCACCCUACCCUACUCCCCUUUUUACAUAUCUUUUGCCUGUUACAAUUCUGCACUACUUCUUUGCAGUGCCUUGGGGAAUUUCCUCUUUUGAUGUACAAUCUGUCAUGAAGAUGUUCCUGAGUUCUAUUUGCUAAACUUUUUUUUCCCCUCUUUUCCUCCUUUCUUUUUUUCCCUUCCUAUCUGACCCUCCCAUGGCUCUUUCAGACUCUGCUCCCUGCCAUGGCUCUUAUCUGUGUUUUGAAUGGUGUUGUAUUUCUUUAAAUCUGUGAUGAUCCUCAUGUGGCCCAGUGUAAAGUUGUGCUUGUUUAUAGCACUGCACUGUGUGCCAGCCAUGCAAACGUUUACUCACUUAAUGCCACGGGAAGUUUAGAGAGCUAAGAGUAUCUGGGAAAACAAAAACAAAAACAAACAAUGCCCCUAAAACCAAAAAUCCUUGUAGGGUUUUUUUCCCUCUUAAAAAAUAUAAAAACAAGCACAAUUCCUCAAAGAGACCAACAGUGACUACAGUAAGGUGAAAAUUGCAAGCGCAUGGGGAGUCACUGAUUUUGUUUUUUUCCAAACUCAGCCUCCCUGGGAAACUUUCUUUUCUGCCAAUGGCUAUUGCCAUUAGAGGACAGAAUGACCACAAAGAUUAGUUAGAAGUGGGAUGAGGGGAGGAGACAGAUUUAAGAGAUGAUGGAAGGAAGAAGACAGAUGGAUCACCAGUACCUGCCCACAACCUUGGCCCCUGAUGGCUAGACUGAAUUAACUGCAGUGCAAUUCAUGGUACUGAAAAUGUGCUUCUUGUUUGAAAACGUGUCUGCAUGUGAAUACCUUCCCUACAACCAAUACUUUUUCUCUCUCACUGUCUGCCUCCACCCUCGAAUUGACUUUCAGUAAGCCUUUCUAAGAGCUUUGAACUGAAUGUUCUCUUUAGCCAAAACUUUGUUACUUCCACUAAAGACUCAAACCAGUAAGAAAGAAGGGAGAGAUCUGACCCUUUGGAAGACCCUAUACAGAUUGAGGUCUGCUUUCCCAUUUAUGCAUCAGGGAAGAGGUUGGGGCUGGAGUCAGAGGAAAAGGAAUUGAUGGCUUGGUGGUUUUCCUGCUUAGGGCACUCUUUGCCCUUACCUUUAAAAGAUCUGAAUGUUUUCUGCCUGAUGCCAUGCAGCUGAAAGCUCCUCCCUCUUACCCUCCCUUCAGUGUUUUGUGUGCCUAGACUUCACUAGACUGUGUUAUAGCCAUGGUGGUGAUGUUUGUCCAUUAUUUGGGCAUGUUCACAGACUCUCUGCUAAGAGCUCCUACCACCAAGAAGGCCAGCAAGCCAAGGGUCUUGACAUCUGUCUCUAGACACAUGUAGACUCAAAAACUUCUUACCAAAUGUCUUUCAUCAACUAUCCAAUCUCUGAAGCCCUUAGACAAACUGGAAAGAAGGCAUCAAUGGGAUUGGACAAGCUGGGCAUCUUGCCCUUGUCCCUUAAAGAUGAUACCUUCCCACCAAGUGGAAAAAUACCUACUUCUUCCUCCAGAGCAGCUAAAGGGGCUAUGAAGGUCAGGGUUAAAGAGAAAACUCAAUUACCAGAAUGAGAAGAAUGAAGGCACUAGAACCACAAACCCUGUAAAUGCUCUCCUUGCCACCCAGCAUAUCCACCUACAGAAGUCAUGGGAAGAAGAGAGAAGAAACUAAGAGGAGACUGACUACUAAAUUAAAGUCUUCAGAGGCAAAAUCUAAAUCCAGAUGAGCACCAUCUGGUCAGUUUACUCAUCAUCAUCCUCUGCUGCUGAUUCUGGGCUCUAAUAUCGGCCCUACUCACUCAGACUCCCCACCUUUGUUGCUGCCUCUCAGUCAGAGGAAGACUGAAACAUUUAUACUAUAGAACCAUCACCUCUUUUGGAAAGUUCUGGUUGGUGUGGCUCCAAUGGGCUGCCAUCCAUGAACUCAGGGUGUGCUCCCGGGACACUGGUUUCAUAUAGUCCUUUGGCACACCUCUAUUUUGUGGACUUUGUCCCCCAAUCCUGAGUUCAGGAGGAAUGUCCACCUACUUUCUCAUCUGGGCAACUGCCUCCUCGCUUAGCUCUUAAAGUCAUCUGUUAAACUCAAGAAAUGAGGGGCAUGUUACCAAGCUACCCACUUCAGUUGGUUCACUCUACUUGUUGAGAAGAUAGUAUCUGAGUGACAUGUUAUUAUCUACAUGGGUUUCCUCCUCUGAUUUCUGUGUUGAUAUUAAUAGCCAAAUGAACUUGCAAAACAGCUUUUUUAAAUAACAAGGGAAAGGGGAACCUAAGAUGGGUGAUAUACCAGUCUAAGACUGCUGGACAAAAUUAAAGCUGACAGGUUCUCUUUCUGAGGUGGGAUAGACAAAUUAUGGUUUUCUUUGUUAUGACAUCAUUUGGCUUGUAUAGGCUCACAAGAUUACUUCUAGCUGUUUUAAAGAAAAAAAAUCCACUCUUUUCAGUUAAACUAGGUUAUAGAUUAAUAGUUCCUUUACAUCUGUUUUGAAAUGAUUUUCACCUUUUGUGGUACAUGGAUUUGAUUAUAUCAUUAUAAUACCUUUACUUGUAAAUACUAGAUGCUCUCCUUUUUAUUCUCUGACUACAAAAUUUUUCAUCUUUAUGGAUUUCCCAAUUGUGACUCUUGUCUUUAUGAAUAUAUAUGUUUUGCAUUUGUGAAAGCCAAAAAUCAGUGAAACAGCAGUGUAAUUAAAAGCAGCAACAACUGAAUUACUCUGAAUUUCUGAAUGGCAAGACUAGGGAAAAUGGCCUAAACAAGGCCUUAGGCCUAGUGUUUUUGCACUGAGGUUUCAGUGAGUGAAGGAGAUUUUAGCUUAGCUUUGUUCUCCCACAGAUAAAAGGAGGAUUUUUUUUUCUUUUGGCCAUUGAUGUUCCAGCCAGUGUAAUUGACAAAAGUCUCAUUUUGCAUGUACUCUGCUAUACAGACUUGAUGUGGUUGGCACAUUCUGCUCACCCAUGAAGGAUGGGCCAUCCAGAUCCACUCACCUGGUAAGCUGAAAGAUGAGAAUAACUCACCAGACAAGUCAUGGUAGCUGUCUCCAAAGAGGUUUGCAGUGCACAAUGAGGAUGGAGUGAGGAAGAGAAAAAGAACAUCAGGGAGAAGGCCCCAUCUGUGCUAGGUAGCAGACAGCUGCCAGGGUCACAAACUCUGUGGUCAAAGAGUCAUGUGGCAGUUUCAGCUUUUGUUCAUUGUGUAGUGAUCCCAAGCCUGGCCUCUGAGUUGAAAUGUGGGUUGAGUUCUUUGUUUCACAACUUUUCUGUGCCACAGACCGUAUCAUUGUUCUUGGAGACUUCAUUAUUUUUUUAAUGAGAAUGGAAGUUUUUGAAGGAUUCUGUAACAUAUCUUUGAAAAAGAAAUUCCAUAUCACAUAUAUUUUUAUAUAUGUUCACUGUAACUAAAAAAGAAGAAAAAAAGCUUCACUCUGUCCUUUGGGUAGUUGCUGAGGUGAUUCCAGGUUGAGAAAUAACGUGCUGAUGCUAGAGUCCCUCUCUGUCCAUACUCUACUUCUAAAUACAUAUAUUCAUAUAUAUCAAGAAGUAUUCUAUUUGCACUUUAAGAGAAAUAGUUUCAUCAUCCACAUGAUACACUACACAAAUGACCUAACUUUGAGCUUCAAGUACUUUCUGUUUAUUUCAUUAGCCACAGCACAGAUAUGGCCUUGCCCUCUUUUCUCCCUUGAUAUUUGGCAGGGUUCAAAAGCCCAAGCCACUCCCUUUUACCCCUUUCCAGCCCUGUGCCAGGGUUGUACUUCAUGAGACUCUCUCAAGACAUCCCUGUAACUAUCCCUGCAUGGCCCUGGGAAAACAAGAAACUGACUACUAAUCAUCUUGUGCCAUUUUCCCAGGUGAGUGGGCACUGGGCCAAAGGAGUGACCUUUGUGCUCAACCCCUGUAAAGGGUCAUGGGAACCAGGAAUGCUAAAGCACAGGCUCAAAUCCCAAACUUAAAGUCAAUAAGCCAUUUAGCAUGUGCAUUUUCUUAUAAAAGGAAGUUUCUACCCCUGCUGCCUUUUAUAGGCAGGUCUGUUUCUUACCAAUAAUCUCUUUGAAAAUCUUUGAAAGUAGUUUUUUAAAAAAUACAAAGAAAUGAAAGCAUCACAUUAUGUAACCAAAGAUUACACUGUAUCUGCUAAGAGACCAAAAUUUUAAGAGCAGGGAGGGAGCAAGCAUUAGUGCCUCUGUGGAAAACUAUCCAAAGACAGACUAAAGGACUUUUUUGUUGACUGACCUAUAUAAGAGUUUUGUGGGUUUCCCCCAACAAUAUACAUGUUUAUAAAAGUGAAAAUAAUUUCAAAAAAUAAAAAGGAUUAUAAGUCCUUCACUAAGUGAUUUUAUAAGCAGAACUAGCUUUCUUUUUCUCUAGUAGUUGUUGAGCAAAUUCUUAAAGCUCCAUUAUUGCAUGGAUGGAAAUGGAGCUGUCUUGGCCACUGUGUUUGCUAGUGCCCAUGUUAUCUGAAGAUGUGAAGCCCUUGCUGAGAAGGGGAGCAUUUAAAGGACUAAAUUUUGCACUAAAGGGACAGCAGGCAGAAUUCCUCAUUUCUGCUCACUUUGGACAGCACAAAAAGUUCUCCUGGGUUUACAGCAGAAGGUUGAAAUGUAUUGUAAAUGAGUAUUUGUAUCCAUGUUUCAGACUGAAUUGUAUAUGUAUAGAUAUAAUGUGUUCUGAUACCUUUAUCUUUCUCUGCACCUUUAUAUUUGGUUCCAGGUCAUAAUUGAUACCAUGUACUUAUGAGAGAGGCCACAGUUACAUUUUGGAAGCUCUCCUCAGAAUGGAAAAGAUACCUGGGUUAAUCACAUAACUAAGAGAUCUCUGCCUCUACUGGGGCCUUACCCAUAGGCCUAACAAAGAAGCAGAGGGGGAAAAGGAUAGGGUACAUGAUGUAUUGCACUUUACUAGCCCAAGACAGAUGAAUGUGUAAAGGGUGGUGAAGACUCAUUGGAAUCAACUGGGAUUUACCACAAGGGAGGCCCAGACUUGGGGCCAAAGGCCCACCCAAAUGAUUAACCAGUGGCCUCCUAAUAGGACUUGAGCUUUGGAAGGAGGGGCAUUCUUUGUUCUUCACCAUCCUUGAGAGAAAAAGGCAGUUUCCUGCACUUGGGAACCUGGAGCAAGCGCUCCAUAUUUCACACAAUUCACUCACCUAUGAUUGAGGUGCUCUUGCUACUGGGUGUCUGUGUGCUCUAAUUUUGGUUUUGGGUAUGUUCUGUAAAGAUUUUGACAAUGAAAAUGUGUUUUUAUCUGUUAAAAAAUUGUCAGUGUACUAGAAGUUGUAUAUCUGUAAAUGCAGGUUCAUCUCUGCCCAUGGGUAGGGAUGUUUUUCUUCAGUUAAGAAAUUGACACUGGGGUCUGCUGCCCAGAGCCUCCCAACCUUCAACCAUUUCUAGGAGAAGGCAGAAAAAUCCACUUUAGUCACUCUUUCUCUUCAGAUUAUUAGGCUGAGGUAACAAACCAUUUUGACUGUUUCUUCCCCGAGAAAUGAGUGUUAAGUAUUUAGAUUUAGCAUGUAGACUUUUAAAAGGAAAAACAGCCUUUGAUGCAGUUUUGAUUCAUCCCCAUUUGAUUUGACCAGAAAGUAGGUAAUGUGCAUUGAUUGCUCAGCAACCCCAAUUCAAUAUAGCAGGGGUACUGAUCCUGUUCCUUAUCUCACUUGUCUCUUAGCCUUUUAUAGAAUUAAAUGAGAGGCUAUGGAUUGAGUAGCCCUUGUAGCCCAAAACAGUCCCCAUAUCCCCAUUAACAGCCACACUAAUUAAUGAGGCUGUCUAUCAUAUGGCUGCAGAUUCCACUGGCCACUGAAAAUUGAAACAUACACAUACCCCAAAGGAAUGAAAAUCCUAAAAUGUUGCUGCUUCUCUGGUGGUGCCCUCCCUGGCUGAUGCUUUACAUUUUGGGACUCUGUUUCCUGCACCACAGUCAGCCUAGGCCUGCAGUCUUUCCCAACCUUAGCCCUUGGUGCUAACUGUCCUGCAGUGAAGUGCCUGUGGGAUUGUCCUAUCCCAUAAGCUACUCAGGUGCUGAGAGUAGCCACCACUGGGAUAACCCAAGCUAAAAAAAAGAGUCCCCUAACCACUCAGUGACAUCUUUCUGCUUUUCCCUAGACUGGAACAUUGAUUAGGGAGUGCCUCAGACAUGACAUUCUUGUGCUGUCCUUGAGAUUAAUUUGGCAGCAGGAGGGAGCACACAAUGUAACCAAAUGUAAGAAUUAAUUUUCAAUGUUGAGGGGAAAAGUAAAGAAAAGAAGAAAGAACAUAUCAUAUAAAGAUUUUUUUAAAAAAGAAACAUUAAUUUUGCUUGAAAGUUCUUUUGAUGGGGCUUCAUUACUUAAAACGACACUUGGCCUCCACUGGGCAGCAGGAUCAGCCCCAAGCGCUAGUGCUCUGUUCUUUUUUUUUUUUUUGUAAUCUUGGAAUCUUUUGUUGCUCUAAAUAUAAUUAAAAAUGGCAGAAACUUGUUUGUUGGAAUCCAUGUGUGACUCUGAGUUUGUCUCUGUCUCUGCUUUCAGAAAUGUCAUCCAUUGUGUAAAAUACUGGCUUGCUGGUCUUCCAGCUAAAACUUGGCCACAGCCCCUGUUGUGGCUGCAGGCUCAAGUUAUUGUUAACAAAAAGACUCGAGAAAAGCUGCUAAUGUUCUCUUAUCACCAUUGUUAAUUUGUUAAAACAUAAAACCAUCUAAAAUUUUAGGAGAAUGUCAUUAGAGUUUUUUAAUUAGCUCUUUUUUAUUGGCUUUCUUUAUUGAAGUCAAGAGUUGGUAUCAUGCCCAGUGACCUUUUAUGCUAUGUUGAUUUUCACAUAUUUAAAAAAAAUCUUUGCACAGGGGCUAUAAAUUUACCUUGUGUUGGCCCUAGCAUAGGUUGAGCUGGGACCACCAAAAUAUCAAAGAGCCUGGGCUAGAAAAUACAGAUGGACCUUGAUGACCCAUUACAACCUCCCAUCAAAAACCCUGAGCUUGUCAACCAGGAGAAAGUCACACAAAACCCAGCUGUUCACCCUCAUCCUCAUCCUUAUGGGAGCAUAAAAUUAUUAGGAGCUUCACUGCCCAGUUCUUGCCAAGCUUCACAUAAGGAAUGGGCAUGUUCACAUUCUCACUGUUUUUCAAAAGCCUUAUCACCCUUGACCACCCAGGUAAAAUCUGAACCCACCUUCUUUGGGAUUUUUAAAGGUUUAGACAAGGUAGCCUCCUGUUUCCUCCUAGUUUGGAUAUUUAAAUGAGAUCCAAAGUUGAAUAUAUAAACCUAAGAUACAGACCAUCAAUGAGGUGUGACAAAUGCAGGUGAGGUGACAGAUGAAGUAUGCAGAAGCUUUCUUUGCCUCAGUGUCCUCACCUGUAAUAGGGGUUGCACAAUGUCUCUCUACUGGGCCAGGCUGAGGACUCAAUAACAAUGUAUGUGACCCAGCCAAUGAGGCUAUUGCUCUUGCUUUGUUCCCUGUUAAAAUGCAAGAAACUCUGAGAAGGAUCCCACAUUGAGCUGUAUUUGUCAUUGACCUCCUCAGAGUGGACAGAUUUCUCAAAUUUUUCUUGAACACAGUACUUUUUGGAGAAAAGAAAACAAGACAUUUUGGAGAUCUGUGUGUCUAAGUAAUAGAGAAUAUGUAUGUUUGUGGGUUAUGUGUGUCAGAACCUGCCUCCAGAAGACCCUUCUGGUCACCAUUGCUUAGUUCUCUUGUACCUACAGAGACUGGUCUAACAUCCACCCUACUUGAUUUUAUUUACUACUCAGCCCUUGCCUAAAGUGACUAGGUAGUUAGCAUCCAUCAUAAAUUUUCCAAGGAGUAGCAAAGCACAGAGGUCAGAGGGACAAGGGCAUCUAGUGGAUUAAAAGGAACCUGGAGGCCAGAUCCCAAUAUGUGACUUGCUCAUAGUCAUAUAGCCACGGUAUAGCUAGAAUUCUGACCUACUGAUUCACUAUAUGGUACUGGGUAACCCUCUGCCCUUUUCUGGAUCUAGUUUUCUCAUCUAUGACAUGAUUAUAUGUGAAGAUGUGCAGUAAGCCUAGAUGAAAUGGGAAGCACCUUCCAAUAUGGAAACUAUGGUUAUUGAAAAUUACUGUUACACCUUUCUUAAUCAUGACAUAAAGGGGAAAGGAAUGGGCUUUUUAUUAUCCCUAGAACACAUAGUUUUGGAACUAAAAUCCUAUUUGUACUCAACAAAAAUUUACUGAACACUUGGGAGAGCAGGGGAUCAAAGCAACAAUUGAGUCCUGUGUUGUGGAUGCUAUUGACCCCUUGAUUGGUGGGGAAAGGGCUCAAAAGUGAAAUAAUUUGUUUACCAUUUAGAUGAUCUCAUAAAUAGCAGAGAUAAUUAGGAGUUAAGUAAGCCAUGGUGCAUGUUUUCAGCGAAUUUACAGCCUAUUAAAUGCCUUCGGCCAGGACAGUCUGGGACUUUAACUUAUCAUAUCCACCCCCAACCUUAUCACAACCAUCUUUCAGACAAGAUUAGGCUAAUGUUUGAUAAUUUUUGAGCUACAAGGGAUCUUAGAAUCUAACCCAAACAUUCUUCACAUGAGGAAGCCAGGCAAAAAACUUUAUAGAUGUUAUUGUGAAUUAGGACUUAUGGGCAAAGGACUGGCCCUAGAUCACCCAGUUUAUGGUCCCUUCAUAUGCCUGCAGGCAGCAUACCAGUGUGGCACCUGAAAACUUUCACCAUCCCUUUGCACACUGGUUCAGAGCCGUGGUGAGAGCUUCCACUUCUCAUUUGUGUUUCUCAUGUAUACAGUUCAAGGAUCUCUAUUCCAACCACAGCACAUACUUCACCUGCCAUCCACUCCAAGAGGUUUUCUUCAUGCCACUGCAGGAGGUGAUAUGAGAGAAAAAGAGAAUUAUUGGAGCAGUAACUGCAGAAGCAAUGAGAAACAUUUAAACACACUGAAAUAUGAGAACAUAGGUUUCUGAGUUAACAGACAGACGCAGAUGAUUCAAAUUCUCAGAUUCUCCUGUCACCAUUUUUUUUUUCAGGCCACAACUUCCCUGCUUCUCUCAACUACUUUCCAGGGUACUUCAAACAAGGAGAAGGCCAUUUGGAGAACUUGGACUGGCUGCCAACCAGGAAGACUACCAAAAAAGCAGACUUAAGCCAGACUCUAUGCAAAUAGCACCACCCCCAGGCCCAUUGGGCAUUUCAAAUCUCAGAUCAGAAAAUAGGCCAACAGAGCAGCAGAUACUGUGAAAAGCACAUCACCUGCCACCUGGGACACUUGUCCCCAAAGGAAAUAAGCCCUUUUGAUGCUUAUAUAUAGUUCUAAGAGGGAUAAUGUCAGGAUGAAAUUUGGGAAAGAAUCCCACCAUCUCAAAAGACUCUUCACAGGGGCACAGUAUCCAAUUAUUCCCUCAUUCAUUUGUUCUUUUAUUUAUUCACAAACUGUGUAACCAUUAUGUACCCCAAAGACAGACAUGGUCUCUGUCCACAUGGAGCUUUCAGUAUAGUAAGAGAGACAAACUAAGACACAGACAAUUGUAAUAUAAUGCAACAGGUACUAUGGUGAGGAAAGUUCAAGGUUCUGUUGGAGUACAGAAGAAUAAUGCCUCACAUAGACUAGUGGGAAACCUUCUUAGAACAGUCUAGGCUAUGACCUAAGUUUAAAGAAGAUGGGAGUGAGGGCAGAGGAAAAGGAAUUCUUCCUCCAGGAAGAUACAACAAAUAGUUUAGCCUGAGGGAAAAGUUGGAAGAAGGGUGUGGCUGUGGGAGAAGAGGGUAUAGAGGAGGCACAAGCAAAGCCAAUGAGGGUCUUUGUGUCACAAAAGUUUUUGCCUUUAUCCCAAGGUUAAAAGGGAGCCAUAGAAAUUCUUGCCAGCAUUUCAAUUCCCAGAACAUAUGAUCUCAUCUGAACCUCACAACGUUCUGUAGAGGCAGGCAUGUCAGAGAUCAAACUCAUUUUGCAGAUAAGGAAACAGAGCCUCUACAUGGUAAAUAGUUGGCAAGGCUGCUCCUAAAUAAUUAAGGGCCCUAAGUAUGAACUGAAAGAACUGAAUCUUCUGAUUUCCAGUCUCAGGCUUUUCACAUUAGACCAAUCUUCAGGAACUGAUACAAUCCUUAAUGUGUUUAAUGGUCUCUGUGGUGACAGUAUGUGAUACUAUCUCACCUGUACCUACCAUUGUCGUCCUCAGGUGACACUCAUUGGUACAGUAUUCCUAGAUAGCAGACAGGGCAUCCCUGAGAGGAUUGGUAGCAGCAUUAUAAAGGGUAAUGCAGGCUGUGGGAAGCCAGCCAAAUUGGUGCUCUAUGGGCAUGGGUGUCAUUAAUUCAUCCAAAAAGGAUUUCAGAAAAAAAUUCUGAAGAAGAUACAACAUUCCACCUUCCUAGAGGAGAUAGCAUGUCCACACUCAUGACUUGAACAAUGAAAGGAAAUUUUACAGGAAGGAAAGGUAGCUGAGCAGACAAGCAGAGGGAACCGCAUAGGUAAAUAUCAAAGAGGCAGGGAAGAGUAUGGCUUCUGCUUUGAGACAAAGCAAAUAAGAAAUUGCAGGGAGGGGAGCCUGUGUGGGUUAGUCUGUUGAGUCCUGACUCAAUUUUGGCUCAGGUCAUGAUCUCACCGUUCACGAGAUUGAGCCCAGUGUCUCCCUCUUCACUGACAGCCUGGAGCAUCCCUGGAGGGAGAGCCUCUCUCCCCCUUUUUCUGCCCCUCCCCCACACUGGCACACACUCUCUCUCUAAAAAUAAAUAAAUAAACAUUAAAAAAAGAACUAGUGGGGAAUAAGUGCUGGAGAUGAGUCUGGGCUAGAUGCCAUUGUGUAAAGCCUAUGUGUCCUGUCAAGAAGUGGAACUUCUUCUGUAGGUCAGUCAUUCUCAGUUGCCAUGGGUGAAAGAUAAUGGCCACAUGUGGCAUACUCUCAAGGAAGCCUCCAGUGUUCUAUGUCACUCCUCACACACAGCUAUUGCUUAGCCCCUCCCUCCCAGUUUAGAAGGCAAAUACAGUUAAGACUGACAGUAUUAAAAGGAAAAAUGUGAACAUCCUAUAGUAUAUUUUUAGGAAAAUUAUCCACCAACUUCAAUGUUUAAGGUCUUAUCAAUUUUUUUUUCUGCCACAUCUCACAACUGAUUACAGAACAUCACUUGAGAUAAGGAUUUUUUAACAAAAAUGUAACAUAAUUAGUUUUGGGAGAUGAAAGCCAUGCUAAAACAUAUUGUAUAAGAAUAUAAUAAAUGGUAAAAGAGAUAUUGAUUCAAGGGAAUAACACUAAUAAUAGAAUGUACUUACCAUGUGCCAAGAAAUGCUAAGGCUAAACCUCUUAUGCUGUGUCUUAGAUAAUCCUUACAUCAAACCUAUGAGUUAAGCAUAGUUACUCUCAUUAUAAAAAGAACCUGAGGCUCUGACCCAUUAUUUCUGGGUCAGACCCAAGGUUAUUUCUAAGUAGUAAAACUUGAACUCAAGCUAGAGUGUUUGUUGCCAAAGCCUAAAAUUUUGACCACUGUACUAUAUUUUCUUUUUUGAAAGGUUGAUUUAUUUUUUACAUCUUUACAAAGAGUCAGGGAACUCAAAACCAUGCAGCAUUAUACAUAGGAAUAAAGAAGGUACUAUAUCACAAUGCAAUUGUCUUUACAACCACCCACUCCGAGAGAGUGACAGUGAUGUCUGCUGUACACAAACCCAUGAUUUCCACAAAGCAACUACCUCUUCCCGAAACUUUAGAUGAGUCCUUUUGGAGAAAAAAAAAGGUCUUCUCCAGCCCCACUAUCUCCCAAGUGUCUUGCCAAGUCUCUUGCUUUCCUUUCCUAUCUCUACUUAGACGUACCUGGGCUACAGCAGUUUACUGAGUGUUCAGAGAAUUUAUGAACAUAUUUGUCCAGUAAAGGAAAAGAUCAUGGGAUAAGGAAGCAGAAUACCAACCUUUGCCACUAAUCAGCAGGUAAACUCUAGCAGCCUCAGUAUCCCUAUCUAUAGAGGAAGGGAAAUAAGGACUGGUCUAGUUUUCUUCUGUUCUAACAUGCUUUCGUAGAUUCUGUGAAACUUUUGGCUGAAACCAGAAUUUUGUCAAUCUCAGAAAUUCCACCUUUAUCUCUCUCCAAUGCCUAUAAUCUUACUUGUACAUUUUAAGAUCUGUAUCAUACAAAAAUCCAAUGAUAGAGUUUGCUAUACCUGCAUAUUUCUACUCACCAGCCUCCUUGACAACACACCCAGUAUUGCCUUGUCAUUCCACAACAGCCUCCACUCCUACAGCAUGCCGUCUUGCCUAUCAUUCACACACACCUGUCAGUCUUGGUGGGAGUAUACUUUUAAUGCUUCUUGAGUUAUUCUGUACCUAGACAAUUUUGAUAUAGGCCAAAGACAUAUCUUCUAUCCAGAAUGAAUGUGGGCAACUGUGGCUGCUUGGGGAGUCUCUGAAGUCAGGGCAUAUGGAUUCCAUUAAUGGUCUAAAUCAGGGACCACUAUAUAGGCAGUACCCUUACAUAAGCACUAAUAGACAAGAGACCAGACAUAAAGUCUCCCUUUGAGAAUAGGGCACAUUCUACUAGCUUUUGUUCAUGUGGUGUCCUUCAUAUAAAAUACUCUCCUCCAUUUAAGCCUAAGCAAAUCUUUUUUAACAAUUAAGGUUCAACUUAGAAGACAACUCCAGAAUUUUCUCUCUGAUUUCAACUAGAAAUGAACUCUCUCUAUUUAACUUUGAAUCCCCUCUCCUAAGCCCAAACCACUAGUUUGGCUUGCAGUUAGUUAUAAUAACAACCCACUGCCAUUUAAGUUGUGCUUUAUACCUUACAGCACUUUGAUAUCCACUAUCUCAUUGGGAACCCACAGGAAACCUAUAAGUAAAGCAGGGCAGGAAUUAUUAAUAUCCCAGUUCAGGUCAUGGUUCCAGGGGGCUUGAGCUCCGCAUAGGGCUCCACACUGAGCAUGGAGCCUGAUUGGGAUUCUCUUUCUCCCUCUCCCUCUGCCUCUCUUCCUGUCUCUCUCUCUCUAUGUAUAUAUAUAUGCACACACAUAUGUAUAUAUAUAGUAUAUAUACUAGUAUAUAUGUAUAUAUAUGUAUAUAUGUAUACUAUAUAGUAUAUAUAGUAUAAACACAGUAUAUAUAUACACUAAUUAAUUAAAUGAAUAAAAGUUAGCUGGAGAUUUCUAUUUCUAGCAUUAUGUCUACUAGCUACCCUGUAUGACUCACCUAAUGAAAACAAGAUAUAAGGUGAAAUACAGUGUUGAAUCACUACAUUGUACACCUGAAACUAAUAUUAAACUAUAUGUUAAAACUCUAUAUAGUGCUAUAUAUAUAUAUAUAUAUACACACACACUAUAUAUAUAUUUGAAUUAUCAAAUUUGAAUUAAAAACUUUAAGAAAUAAUAAUAUUUUAAAAUUUGUUGCUGAACUAGUAUGAUAGGAAAUAAUCCACAACCAGAAAGUAAAUGAAAGCAGAAACUCUGGAGGUAAAUGAUUGUCAAAGCCAAAUGCCCUGAGAGACUGAAUUUCUACAUUGAUGACUGUAAGAGGUGAGAGAAAAAAGAAGAUAAAUACUAGGGCUUACACAAGAUGAGAAAUCUUAUGGGAAACUUCCACAUAAGGCUGGUAAAGUUCUAUACCCUUUAAUGUAAGAGUAAGGAAGAAUUAAUUUGUCUCACAGGAGAUAGCAAGGACACCUGCCUCAAACUUGGCACUGGAUGGAGAAGAAAAACAAAUCUCUCAUGAAAUUUAUAAUCAUAGAUGGUCUUCAUAGAAUUUUGUAGUCCUAAUUCAACAUACUUAUGAGGUCUGAAAAAAUAAAAUAUGAGAUCUCAGAUCAGCAGUCCCCACAUGUGAUGACAAAGGCAAAUGCUUCAGGUACGAAUGCAUGCAGGCCUCAAAAAUUCCUAUAUAGAGAGGUCCAAAGAAAAUGAGCAUCUCACAGUCAAAAGUUGCAAAAUACACACA